UAAAAAUAAAAUUAGAUUGUAGUUUAAUAUUUGUAAUUAGUGAAACUAUAUUUGUGUUUAUUAUUUAACUAUUAACUGAUGGCAGAGGGUACAACUGGAGCGAUUCGCAAAAAGGAAAUUUCUUCCCCUUGUGUUCCUACAACCGUAGCAGAUAAUAUAAAAAAAAAUAUUACAUCUUUAUUUUUUGAUUUAGAUAAUACUUUAACACAAACUAGAGCUGGGGACUUGAAAGCAUGUCGUAAGCUUAUUGAAGUACUCGAAAAUCAGUUUUCAUUCACGAAGGAAGAAUCCACUGUUGCUACGCAAUCUUUUCUAAAGGCAUUUCGUCGCUGUCCUGAUAACUCACAGACUUCAUUAGAUUCAUGGCGAACUUAUUUAUGGCGUGCAGCUUUACCAGAACGUUAUAAAAAUUUAGCAGAACACAUUUAUCCAAAAUGGUUGCAGCUACGCUACCGUUAUCUGGCACUAUCGCCAGAAUAUAUUCAAAUGCUGAAACGUUUUCGUGAGGCAGGUUUUUUGUUAGCACUUAUUACAAAUGGGCCAUCUAAUGCGCAAUGGGAGAAAAUUAAAAAACUGAAUGUUAGUCAAUAUUUCGAUUGUGUAUUGGUGUCUUCAGACUUGCCAUGGGAGAAACCAAAUCCAAAUAUAUUUUAUGCAGCUUGCAAUUUUCUUGGCGUUAAGUCUAGUCAAUGUGCAAUGAUUGGUGAUAAUUUGGAAACUGAUAUUAAGGGCGGUCAUUGCUUAGGUGCUACAUUUUGGCUACCAUUAAAUCAUGCAGAAAUUGAUUUAAGUGAUGUUACCCAUCCACCAGACGUUACACUUCGCACGCUUUUGGAUCUUUAUAAAUAUUUUCCUGCUGUUUACAAAAACAAUGUAAAUACUAGCACAACAAAUAUAUCUAGUACACAAAGCAAACGUAGAGGUAGUCAUAUUAGCUAUAGUUCAACACUGAGUACCUGUGAUAGUGAGAUAUUUUAUUCUAAUCAUUAUCAACAACACAAUUUCCAAGUUCCACAACAGAAAAAAGAUAAUGAAUACUGCAACAGACGCAUCAAUAAAUACAGACGCGGUGGUUCCUUACCAGCUAUUGAAUGUUUCAAUAGCUUCUCCGAUUAGUUUGUGAAUUUAUUUUAAUUUAAUUUUAAUGAGUGAGUAUUGCCAAUAUUCUACACACACACAACCGAAAUGAAUAACUAAAAGAACCAGCUUGGGUUCUAUAAUCACUUUAAAGGCAAUAUAGUUAAAUGGUGUAAAAUAAUAUGUAUGUUUUAAAUCUCAUUUGUAAACACAUGUACAAUCUAUGAGGACUUUUUCCUAUGCAAAAUAUAUCGUUGCACAUUUUCUAUAUUCUGUAUAUACAUUUUAUAGAAA